GUGCAGCGAGGCCGCGCCGGGGGUCCGUGGCGUCAGCGGCGUGGGCGCUCACGCAGGGCGGGUCGCGGCGCCGGGCGGGAGGGGAGUCGUGGCGGCGGCGACAGGAACAGUAGCGACGGGUCCACAGGACAGCAAGGACGGCGGGAGUGCGGUGCUGACAGGCGGUGGGAGAAAUGGGAGACCCAGGGCCCGAGAUAAUAGAAUCUGUCCCACCAGCUGGGCCUGAGGCAUCUGAGUCAACAGCGGAUGAAAAUGAAGAUGACAUUCAGUUUGUUAGUGAAGGACCAUUAAGACCUGUUCUUGAAUAUAUUGAUCUGGUCAGCAGUGAUGAUGAGGAGCCUAGUACAUCUCAUAGUGAUGAGAAUUAUAAACACAAAGACUAUGUUGACCAUCAGAAGGAUAAAGUUGCUUUAACUUUGGCUCGCCUGGCCCGCCAUGUUGAAGUAGAAAAACAGCAAAAAGAAGAAAAGAAUAGAGCAUUCAGGGAAAAAAUUGAUUUUCAGCAUGCUCAUGGUUUGCAAGAACUGGAAUUUAUUCAAGGACAUUCUGAUACAGAAGCAGCAAGACUGUGUGUGGACCAGUGGCUAAAAAUGUCAGGGCUCAAAACAGGCACAAUUAAUUCUGGAACAAAAAAUUCAUUCCAAAGUGGAGGCCGAGUGCGGAAGUCUGAGAAGUCAAUUUCAUGUCCAAUAAUGCACUGUAACAAGGAAUUUGACAAUGGGCACCUUCUCCUAGGACAUUUGAAAAGGUUUGAUCACUCCCCAUGUGAUCCAACAAUUACGUUACGUGGACCUCCUGCCAAUUCCUUUGCUUGUGUAGUGUGUUCUGAAAAUUUUGUUACUCAGCAGCAAUAUAGGGACCACCUUUUUGCUAAGGUAGCUGCAGAUGAUGGACAUAGCAACAGCCUUCUUCCUCAGAUCAUUCAAUGUUUUGCCUGUCCAAAUUGCUUUCUUCUGUUUAGUACCAAGGAUGAGUGUUUGAAGCAUAUGUCUGGAAAGAGUCAUUUCCAUCAGAGUUUUAAACUGGGUGAUGGAAAGGGAAUAGCACAUCCGAUAUCAUUUCCAUCUUUUGCAAAGAAACUUUUGAUCUCUCUGUGCAAGGAUGUUCAGUUUCAAGUUAAAUGUGUGGCCUGCCACCAGAUGCUACGUUCCCACAUGGAGCUCACUGUCCAUUUCAGGGUUCGUUGUCGAAAUGCUGGACCUGUAGCUGUGGCCGAGAAAAGUAUUACUCAGGUUGCAGAAGAAUUCAUAUUAAGAGGUUAUUGCUCAGACUGCAACCAGGUCUUUGUAGAUGAAACCAGCAUCCAAAGUCACAAGAAUUCAGGACACAAAGUCCGAGUCAUUAACUCAGUGGAAGAAUCAGUCUUACUAUAUUGCCACCUCAGUGAAAGAAGUAAGCCUCCUUGUGAGUUGCAUUCAUUGUUCAACCAACCAAAAUUUUCAUCGCUUAAACGAAUUAUGUCUAUUAAAGAAUCCAGCUCAGAGGACUGUGCCAUUCCAAAAAAGAAGAUGAAUUUAGAAAAUAAAAGCCAUGGAGGUAUAAUUAAUGUCAAUACACAAAAGUCAAGAGUUAUAGCCUGGGUUUGUGAAUGCACUCGACGAUUUCCAAGUGAAGAUGCAGUAGAAAAGCAUGUUUUCUCAGCCAACACGAUGUGUUACAAGUGUGUGGUCUGUGGAAAGGUGUGUGAAGAUUCAGGGGUCAUGCGUUUACACAUGAGCCGGUUUCAUGGAGGGGCACAUUUAAAUAACUUUCUGUUUUGGUGUAGGACAUGCAAAAAGGAGUUAAUAAAGAAAGAUUCUAUUAUGGCACAUGUUACUGAAUUUCAUAAUGGACACAGAUAUUUUUAUGAGAUGGAUGAGGCAGAAGAUGAAACUUUGCCAUCAUCCUCUGUGGUGAGUAAUUUGACUGUGGACAAAUCAUCUUCAACCCCGACUGUAGUUGGUCAUUUCCUGGUAGACAGUCCUCCAAGAGGCAGAUGGCAAUGCCGAAUUUGUGAAGAUAUGUUUGAUUCCCAGGAAUGUGUAAGACAACAUUGUAUGUCUUUGGCAAGUCACCAGUUUCAUAGAUACAGCUGUGCCCAUUGCAGAAAGACAUUUCAUAAAAUAGAAACAUUAUACCGACACUGCCAGGAUGAACACAACAAUGAGAUAAAGAUUAAAUACUUCUGUGGGCUUUGUGAUCUUACUUUUAACAUGGAAGAAGCAUUUCUGAGUCAUUAUAAGGAGUACCAUAGCAUAGAUUAUGUGUUUGUGUCAGAAAAAACUAAAACUUCGAUUAAAACUGAAGAUGAUUUUUCAGUGGUAGAGACCAGUAACCUGUUAGCCUGUGGUUGCCAUGAGAGUUACAUCUGUAAAGUUAACCGAAAAGAAGAUUAUGAUAGAUGUCUCCAAACCAUGCUAGAUAAAGGUAAACUGUGGUUUCGCUGCAGUUUGUGUUUAGUGACAGCACAGAACCUAGCCAACAUUAAUGCUCAUAUCCAUCAAGUGCACAGGAAAGAGAAGAGUGAUGAGGAGCAGCAUUAUGUGAUCAAGUGUGGAACCUGCACCAAAGCCUUCCACAACCCCGAGAGUGCUCAGCAGCACUUCCAUAGAAAGCAUGGCGCCUUACAGAAGCCCAGUGUGACUCCUGUUGGAUCUGACAAAGGAGGCAUGUUGAAGUUCUCUGCCAGUGUCUCACACACUGAGAAAAAACUCAACCAGACAAUAAGCUAUCCAAAAACUUCAGACAUGGAGAAGGGAGCCGAGAAUGACAUAAGCUGCCAGAACAUAGAUGAAGAAGUUGUUGAGCUUCCAGAUUUGGACUACCUGCGAACCAUGACUCACAUAGUCUUUGUAGAUUUUGAUAACUGGUCCAACUUCUUUGGUCAUCUACCAGGCUAUCUUAACCAAGGAACGUUUAUUUGGGGUUUUCAAGGCGGAAACACCAAUUGGAAGCCUCCACUGAGCUGUAAGAUUUAUAAUUACUUAAAUAGGAUUGGAUGCUUCUUUCUUCAUCCACGUUGUAGUAAAAGGAAAGAUGCUGCUGAUUUUGCCAUAUGUAUGCAUGCUGGCCGUCUAGAUGAACAACUGCCUAAGCAGAUUCCUUUCACCAUCCUCUCAGGAGACCAAGGUUUUCUGGAGCUAGAGAAUCAAUUUAAGAAGACUCAGAGGCCAGCUCAUAUUCUAAAUCCUCACCACUUAGAGGGAGACAUGAUGUGUGCCUUGUUAAAUAGCAUAUCUGAUACUACCAAAGAAUGUGACAGUGAUGAUGCCGUGAGUGUGAAAAGCCCUUCAGUAGAGGAACUCAGAUCCACAGAAGAUGUGGAAUUAGAAGAAGCUAUCAGGAGAAGUCUUGAAGAAAUGUAAUUAAAGAUACUAUCACACAACAUCAAGUGACCUUGAAGAGACUCAGGAUAUAAUGAAUUCUUGACCUUGUUUUCUAAAGGAGCCUGGAAUGCUACUAGGACAAAUGUAUCUGAAAACAUGGGUUUUUUUUUUCUUUCAUAUGUUCAGAUCUGUAUAUCUGCUUUGUAUUUUUGUGCUGUUAUGUAAAUUUGAAUGGAGGAGAAUACAUGCCAAUGCACAAAUAAAGCAUAUAUUCUAAUA